AAAAAGGUGUAGAAGUCAGUAUUGAAGAAGAAGAUAAAAGUAGUAAAAUUAGUAUAAAUGAAGGAAAUGAAAAUAUUAACUUGGAAGAUAGUGAAGAAUAUGAAUAUUAUGAACAAGAAGAAGAAGAAAAUUAUGUUAAUAUUUGA